AUGAUGCUAACCCUUCCCAACGAACUUCUCCUGGCUAUCUCUACUCAUGUUGAGAGGCUCCCCGAUGGCCUGCAAAUGCUCUGUGGUCUUUCAUUAGUCCAUCCACAAUUACAUGCCUUGUUGAAGCCACGUCUUGACAGGGGACAGUCCCUUGCGCGUGCUAUCCAAUCUGACGACCUGGAGAGCAUCCAGCAAUGUCUUUCCAGGCAAAGCCUCUUUGAUCACCACCUCUGGCUGGCUGUGCAGUAUGCAUCGGUGGAAACGGUCCAUCUCCUGUUACAACACGGGGUUGACAUCAACUACACGUACAGCGACGAGAGCAUAUCGGUCCUUCACGAGGCCGUUGCCCGGGGAAACAUCGAGAUCGUCGAAGCGCUUCUCAACACCAGCCCAUUGCUCGACGUGAACGUCUGGACACAAGACGAAUACUACGCCGAAUCGGCGUAUUCACUCGCCAACCGAUGCAACCAUGAAGACAUCUCCCAGCUCCUGAUUGACCACGACGCCCGCGCUUUGCCUGUCCCUCGUGGAUGGAAGGACCGGCCGAUGAAGGACGCGAUUGAAUCCCGCAAUUCAGCACAGCUGGAAUCAUUAAUUGCUCGCUUUUUCAUCCGGCGAGAUGCCUUUAGUUUGGCGAUUCGAAAAUAUCACCUGCAGCGCGAUAUCGAGGCCGCGUGCACUGCUAACUGGGUCCAGGGUGUUGAGCUCUUCCUUCUGUCUUACAGCGAGAUAGAUAUUCGUCCGCUCUUCUGCCGAUCCCUUCGGCGCGGGCAUUCGGCCAUGGCUGAAUCCUUCCUCAACCAGGGUGUGUUAUCCAGUCUAUCAGACGAACAAGCCGGGAAUGCGAUCAACUGGUGUACACGGAAUGGAUUGGUCAAUCCCCUCCGCCAUCUGUUUAUGAAAGAGGAAUGGAAACCAAGCAAAAUAGAGGGUUAUUUUUCUCUUCUCUCAUGGGCUGCACAGGGGGGCCAUAUUGCCGUCAUCGACCUGCUGCACGAAAUGCAGCCAGAAUGCAAAACACCCGAUGCACUAUACGAGCUUUUCUUCCUGGCGGUCUUGCACCAUCACUCCAUGGCUGCCGUCGAGCUUCUAUCACGCGGUGCUCCCUUUGAACCGCCAACUGAGAAGUCCUCGCUGUUAACUAGUGGGAAGACCGUUUUCCAUCGGGCUAUUUGCAAGAACGAUGUCUCACUCGCGAAUGCUCUGCUCUUACACGGUGCUAACGUCGAAACCCGGAUCAGCAGUAGCCCCAUCAAACGGAAAAAAGCACCUACUGCUAUACAGUAUUGUCUUGCAAAAGAACAGUACGAGAUGGCAGAGGUCUUGCUCGAACAUGGCGCCGUUCUCGUGCUGGACAGACGGAGAUACAGGAUCAAUAUGAAAACAGUCGUUUCAGCGGGGUGUGUGCGGCUGGUAGAGAGGAUCCUGGAGGCAUAUAAAGACAGAACGGAGGAGAUCUUUGAUCCGGCCUCUUUCCAGAUCGCCGUUGAGAGGGGGGAUAUUAGAAUGGUGGAGGUUCUGACCAGAUCCGGGUGGAAAAGAUGA